UCACUUCCUUCACCUCAGGUGCAGUUGAACGUUUAUUACCAAGUUCGGGAUGAAAAAGAGAGUUUGGACUGAUUUGACAAAUAGAAACGGAGACUGAUGCCAUGAACAGUUAUACUGAGUAGAGUUUCCGCGAUCAUCUGGAAUAAGAGCUUUCCAGUGACCAUGAACAUAACCGGUCCAACAAACCACACAAACAGCUGUGAACCACCUUACGAGGAAGAAAACCCACUUCCACUGGUGGUUCUCUACAGCACAGUCCUCACAUUAGGUCUGCCUGCUAAUGUGAUCACAGUCUUCCUCACGUUCCUCGAAGUGUGCCGGAAGAACGUCCUAGGAGUCUACCUCUUCUGCCUGUCAGUGUGUGAUCUGAUGUAUCUAGGUACACUUCCACUCUGGGCCAUUUACAUCAACAGAGGUCAUCACUGGGAGUGGGGCUCUCUGGCCUGUAAAAUCACCGGCUACGUGUUCUUCAACAACAUGUACAUCAGUAUCUUCUUGAUGUGCUGUGUUUCCGUGGACCGCUUCGUCGCGGUGGUCUACGCCAUGGAGUCUCGAGGUCUGAGAAAGAUGAGGCAUGCUGUGAUCAUCAGCGUUGUGAUUGUGGUGGUCGUUGCUGUGGGACACGUGCCGGUUUUCACCAUGACAGAGGGCGACUCUGAAAAAACGAAGGAGAAGCGGUGCUUCGAGCCAAGCGACCCCUCUGUCAUAGUGACGGGACUCAACUAUGCCCGCUUCUUCAUCGGUUUCUUCAUCCCGCUGUGCAUUUUAAUAGUCACCAACUUGGCCAUCAUUGCUAAAGUUCAAGCUAGCACGGGUUUGAAGCCACGGGCCAAAGUCAGAAUUCGUAACCUGGCCUUAGCCGUCAUCUUGUUCUUUUUAGUCUGCUUCACGCCGUACCAUGUGAUUCUUUUGCUACGUGCCAUCAAUUUCCACUUCUCGAAUGGGACAUGUGACUUUGAAAGAAGUGUCUACACACCCUAUACAAUCUCUCUGGGUCUGUCUACAAUCAACAGUGCCAUAAACCCUGUUUUCUAUGUGCUUAGCAGCAACAGUGUUCAUAAGAAGAUCCACAAAGGCCUACUAGGGUUACGUAGCAGCUCAAGAUCUUCUUCUUUUGCAUGAUUUCUUUUGUUUUCCUAGCUGGGACUUAUUUUGCUUUUUCUGUAGCCUGUAUAACAUUUC